UCAGGUUCACAACUACAAUUAAUGGAAAGUCAGUCAAUAUAACUGAACCCGUAAACUUCACUCACAAGGCGACCGAGAAUUAUAAACCAUAAAUAGCUUGCUCUCUGAUUGCAUUUGCACACAUUAAAUAUUAGCUCGCUCAAAAUGGCUCUUACUCUUACAAAAUUAUGCCUUCCAAGCUUUGUUCUAGUGGGAAUAAUCCUUUCCUCAGCAAUUCUUCCCACUACUAGUUUUGAUGUGGGUAGUGUGGUGACUUCUGACUUCUUUGAUGGGAUCAAGAAUAAAGCCGCACCAGAUUGUGUAGGGCAAAGCUUUUACACAAGAGAUGAGUUUCUGAAUGCUGUUACUCAAUUUAACGAUUUCGCUCAAGCUGGUUCGGAUGAUGAUUCUAAGCGUAUGUGCAAAAUAGAAGAGGAUGACAAGUCAAAUAGCUACUGUGAUGAUAUUAACUACCCAGCCUAUCCAUGCGUUUCUGGCAAGUUGUACUACGGGCGUGGGCCGCUGCAGCUCACCUGGAACUACAACUACGGGGAAUGCGGAAAAGUAGUCGGAUUCGAUGGACUCCAGGCGCCAGAAACAGUGUCCCAGGACCCUAGUGUAAGCUUCAAGUGUUCCUUGUGGUUCUGGAUGACCAAUGUCCACUCAGUGGUAAACCAAGGUUUUGGGGAAACAAUUCGGAAGAUUAAUUCUGGGGAAUGUGAUGGCGGAAACCCUGCUCAGGUUCAGAGUCGUGUUGGGUAUUACCAGGAUUAUUGCAGCAAAUUUGGUGUUGAUUCUGGCCAGAAUCUCUACUGUUAGACUCCUUGCACCACUUGAUUUACUAGUAUAUAUGGAGAAUAAAAAGAGUUGUUUCAUGAAUAAAAGGAGUACCCCUAUAACCUGCUGAAGGUUUCAUGUAUCUGAGACUACAUUAAUGCUUAUUUAUAUGUUCGGAGUCUUGGGACCUCGUUUUACCUUAUAUAUAUUUGAAUAAUACAACUAUGUAUUCAAAUCAA